CGCCAAACGAGCAGCAACUACAUAGCACAUGAGAUUUUUUUGGCACAUGAGUCAUUCUACGCGCCACUGUCACUCAUCUCUGUUUCGUAAUUCCUCCAGAACUUCAAUGCUUGCGGAGCCGCACACGCGCCCCUUUCAAAGCACCACGCACCUGUCGCUUUGCCACCUCAGCAAUGCCCCACCAGUGGCGGCCGCGGCGGUGCUCUCACUACCGCCGCGGCGCUUCCCUAUCCACUCUCUCGCUGCUCUGCCUUGUAAUAAGCUGCCACGUGGCGGCAUCGGCGCGCAUCAAGAACGUGGUGGUGCUGAUGAUGGAGAACCGUUCGUUCGACCACAUGUUCGGUUGGAUGCAGAAUUCGGAGAUCGACGGUCUGGAUGGCACCGAGUGCAACCCGAUCGUCGCGGAGAGCGACUCGGAUGAGGUGAAGUUCGAGCAGGUGUGCGUGAACGAGAACGCGCCAUACGACAACAGCGAGGACCCCGACCACUCGUUCACGGGCACGCGCAAUCAGAUCUUCGGCGGAAGCGCCAUCGCAACGGCCUCCCCCCAAGCAAUGGGCGGGUUCGCGCAGCAGGGCGAGGAGGUGCGCGAGGGAUUUUCCGCCGAGGUGAUGUCCGCCUUCCGCCCGGCCGCGCUCCCCGUGACGUCCGCGCUGGCGGCGCACUUCGCGCUGUGCGACCGCUGGUUCUCGUCAGUACCGGGCCCCACCCAUCCCAACCGCUUCUUCCUGCACGCCGCCACGUCCAAGGGGAUCCUAGCGGAGCGACGGGCCAUACUGCUGCUGGGCUUUAAGGCACGCACCAUCUUUGACGUGCUCGCGCGCCGCGGCGUGUCGUUCGGCGUCUACUUCCACGACAUCCCCGCCUCGCUCGCCCUCGCCUCGCUGCGCCAGUCCAAGCACGCGCGCAAGUUCCGCCCGAUCGACCUGUUCUACGCGCAGGCGCGGGUGGGGAGCCUGCCCGCGUACUCGUUCAUCGAGCCGCAGUACUUCGACUUCUCGCGGGAGCCGGGCAACGACGACCACCCCGGGCACGACAUGCGGCACGGGCAGCAGCUGAUCAAAGCCGUGUACGAGGCGCUGCGCGCCGGGCCGCAGUGGCGCAGCACGCUGCUCAUCGUGACGUACGACGAGCACGGCGGGUUCUUCGACCACGUCGCGCCGCCCAUGGCGGGCGUGCCCAGCCCCGACGGCCGCGUGGGCGAGGAGGACGGGUUCCUUUUUCGCCGUCUGGGCGUGCGCGUGCCCACGCUCGUCGUGUCGCCGUGGAUCGACAAGGGCACGGUCAUCCACCGGCCGCGCGGCCCCUACAACUCGUCGCAGUUCGAGCACACGUCGGUUGCGGCUACGCUGAGGGACGUGUUCGGCCUCUCCUCCAAGCAGGACGUGCUCACUGCGCGGGACGCCUGGGCGGGCUCGCUGCUGCCCUUCCUCUCGUUGCGCUCGUCCCCGCGCACCGACUGCCCCUGGACCCUGCCCGCCGUGGCGUCCAUCAGCAGCGCCCCCCUGGCAUACACGUUCAAUGCGUCGCAGCCGCUGUCCGCCCUGCAGCGCGACAUGCUGGCCAUCGCCGCCGCCAUCAGCCCUGCACCCAUGGCGCCCUCUGCCCUCGAGCCAUUCGUGAACUCGCUGCAGCAGCACGAAGCAGGCGUCUUCGUGCGCACGGCUGUGAGCUACUUCCUCGUGCAGCAGGCCAGUGGGGGGGAUGGCGGGAGGGUGCAGAUGCUGUCGUGCGACCGAGGCAAGUGGUGGUGUCGCGUGGUGGUGAGGAUGCAGCGGCUGAUGGGGCUCAGCGAGAACACGAGCAGUAGCAGCAGUGACGGUGGGGAGGGUGACGAUGGUGGUGCUGAUGACAAGGAGAAGGAGAAGGCGAGGAAGGAAAAGGAGAGGCAGAAAGAGGAGGCCAAAAGAAAACGGGAGGAGGAGAAGCGGAAGCGAGUGGAGAAGAAGAGGAAGGAGAAGGAAAGACGGCACAAGGAGAAGGAGCGGCAGCGCAAGAAGCAGCAGAGCAACUCAUCCCUUGAAUCUGAUGAUAGCCUCUGACACCAGUGUACCAUGUAGAGCAGCCGGCUGGGCAGUGGGCAGCACACCCCUCAUGUGCUCCUCCCCUUCGCCAUCUCGUGCCUCUGCAGCCCUUCCUUCUCAUGUGCUUCAAACGAGGUUGUUAGAACAGAGUGCAGUGGUUGAUAGCGCCCCAUGGAGUUUGGCCGACAAGUACAGGCACGUGUGCGAAUGAGAUCACUUCAUCUCGACUACAGCGAGCCAAGAGAGCGUUGCAGAAACUUUGAGUCCAGCAGAUGGCCUGGGGAGGUUCUGGCUUUUUCGGCCCUGUGGAGAGGAGUAGAGGAAUAUUGGAAGUGGAGACGGAUGAGCUGAACUGUAGACACGGGUGAUGGGGCAAGUGCAUGGCACCGUGCUUCGUAGCUCUAUGCAUGCAGUCGUCUGCAUUGCACGUCCUGUGCAUGCCGAAUGGAAGAGCACAAACUGUUAGUACCGUACUUAAGUUGGCAGGCAGCGUUUCAGACACUCCAAAUGAGCCUAGAGCAUCCAUGCAGCCAAGGUGGAAGGCGUCCAUCUGUCGCCCCGACGGACGCUCCUUCCCUGCAGUCAGCCCGCAGCUGCCACAGCCCUUGACACACUGCUGACUCACGGUUAACUAGACUCGAUCAAUGAAUGGUGGAGCUACGAUGUGGCGAAUGGAAUGGGUGGAAAGGUGGCAGCUGGCUGCUCAUCUCUGCCUUGCAUGAACCAGGAGAGUGGGGGCGAGUGCAAGAAGGGGAGAGAAUUGCGAGGAAAGGCAGGGGAAGGAGAGUGCACAGGAGGAGAGGGGGCGGGGGGGGAUGGAUGUCAUAACAUGGGUGUGUAAUGAGUCGAUUUUUGAGUCGACUCUAAUUUUUUUAGUGUGUAAUGAGUCGAUUUCUUAGUCGACUAAAAAAUCGACUCAUUA